AUGAUUGGAGGGGAUUGGAACACCUGAAUCACAUGAUAUGGAGGGGAUUGGAACACCUGAAUCACAUGAUGUGGAGGGGAUUGGAACACCUGAAUCACAUGAUAUGGAGGGGAUUGGGAACACCUGAAUCACAUGAUAUGGAGGGGAUUGGAACACCUGAAUCACAUGAUAUGGAGGGGAUUGGAACACCUGAAUCACAUGAUAUGGAGGGGAUUGGAACACCUGAAUCACAUGAUUGGGAGGGGAUUGGAACACCUGAAUCACAUGAUAUGGAGGGGAUUGGAACACCUGAAUCACAUGAUAUGGAGGGAUUGGAACACCUGAAUCACAUGAUAUGGAGGGGAUUGGAACACCUGAAUCACAUGAUUUGGAGGGGAUUGGAACACCUGAAUCACAUGAUAUGGAGGGGAUUGGGACACCUGAAUCACAUGAUAUGGAGGGGAUUGGGACACCUGAAUCACAUGAUAUGGAGGGGA